AGGAGACAGCGGUCUUUGGUGUUUUUUUUUGCGCUGGUUUGGCUGAAACGGGAGAAAAUGGCCUCCUACGUGGACCAGCGCUUUCGGCAGGCGGUGAUGAUGAAUCCUGCGGAGAGGACGCAACAGGACUUGGAAGUUGUGUACUCGUAUCUCCAUGGAAUGGAAGCUCUGUCCAACCUCCGGGAGCACCAGUUGAGGCUUAUGUGUCAGACGGUGCGCUACGAAAGACACGAAGCCAACGAGCUCCUCUACUACCCUGAUAACAUCGGCACCUGCUGGUAUAUCCUCCUGUCCGGCUCUGUGUUCAUCAAAGAAUCCAUGUUCUUACCGAGGAGCAGCUUCGGAAAGCGCUCCGCAGGCAGCCUCAGGCGUGGGUGUGAGUGCAUCGUCCUGGAGCCUUCCGAGAUGAUCGUGAUUGACUACAUGGAUGAAAAUGAAGAGUACUUCCAGCGGCAAGCAUCCUACCGACAGUCUCGCAGAAGAUUCCGGAAGAUUAACCAGAAAGGAGAGCGGCAGACGAUCACGGACACGGUGGAGCCGUAUCCCAUGGGGAAGGCCCAGCCCGCAGGGAAGCCCCCUCUGCCUCGCGGAUAUCACACGCUCCCCGCUGACUUCGCCAAGCACCAUCUGGCCGACGGCCUCCACCCUCAGGUGACCCACGUGACCUCCAGCCACUCAGGAUGUAGCAUCACCAGUGACUCUGGGAGCAGCAGCCUGUCAGAUAUUUACCAGGCCACGGAAAACGAGCCGGGUGACAUGGACCUCAGCGGCCUCCUCGAGACGGCCGUGGACUCUGAGGAGGAUGACGAUGAGGAAGACAUCGAGCGGGCCUCAGACCCUCUUAUGAGCCGGGACAUCGUGCGUGACUGUCUGGAGAAGGACCCCAUGGACAGGACGGACGACGACAUUGAGCAGCUCCUGGAGUUCAUGCACCAGCUACCAGCAUUCGCCAACAUGACCAUGUCCGUGCGGAGAGAGCUGUGUGCUGUCAUGGUGUUCGCUGUGGUGGAACGUGCUGGAACCAUCGUGCUCAAUGACGGGGAGGAGCUGGACUCCUGGUCAGUGAUCCUGAACGGCUCCGUGGAGGUGACUCACCCAGACGGGAGGACCGAGAUCCUCUGCAUGGGCAACAGCUUUGGUGUCUCGCCCACUUUGGAGAAGGAGCUCAUGAAGGGGGUCAUGAAGACUAAGGUGGACGACUGCCAGUUUGUGUGCAUAGCCCAGCAAGAUUACUGCUGCAUCCUUAACCAAGUGGAGAAGAACAUGCAGAAGGUGGAAGAGGAGGGCGAGAUCGUCAUGGUGAAAGAGCACCGCGAGCUGGACCGCACCGGCACCCGGAAGGGCCACAUCGUCAUCAAGGGCACUGCGGAGAGACUGACCAUGCACCUGGUGGAGGAACACUCCGUGGUAGACCCCACCUUCAUCGAGGACUUCCUGCUCACCUACCGGACCUUCCUCUCCAGUCCCAUGAUUGUGGGCAAGAAGCUCCUCGAGUGGUUUAAUGAUCCCAGCUUAAGGGAUAAGGUGACACGGGUAGUUCUGCUGUGGGUGAACAAUCAUUUCAACGACUUUGAAGGAGACGCCGCUAUGACCCGCUUUCUGGAGGAGUUUGAGAGCAAUCUGGAAAGAGAGAAAAUGAGCGGCCACCUGAGACUGCUGAACAUCGCCUGUGCGGCCAAGGCGAAGCUGCGGGUGCUGACCCUGACCAAGCCAUCCCGCGAGGCUCCGCUGCCCUUCACGCUGCUGGGCGGCUCGGAGCAGGGCUUCCGCAUCUUCGUGGACAGCGUGCAGGCGGACAGCAAGGCGGCGGAGGUCGGCCUCAAGCGAGGAGAUCAGAUACUGGAGGUUAACGGGCAGAGCUUCGAGAAUGUGCCGCUGUCAAAAGCCAGCGAGAUCCUGAAGAACAACACUCACCUGUCUAUCACUGUGAAAACAAACCUGUUAGUAUUCAAGGAGCUCCUGACCAUGCCAGUAGAGGAGAAGAACAUGGGUCCACAUCUCCCCAAGAUCGGGGACAUCAAGAAGGGCAGCCGGCACUCCAUCCCUGACCUGGCCAUGGAUGUGGAGCAGGUCAUGAGCCUCGAGAAGGCCAACAAGAAGGCCAAACCCAACACCGUCAUCAGCAAGAACAAGCUUAAGAAGAUCUUUGACAAGAAGCGCAUCAGUAUUCUGCCCCAAAAGCCAUACAAUGACGUGGGAAUCGGGCAGUCUCAGGAUGACAGCAUUGUAGGGAUGAAGCAGUCUAAACAGAUCCACCCCACACUCCCAGUCAGCGGGAACCUCUCCUCCAGCAACCCCGACCUCCUGCAGUCCCACCACCGCAUCCUGGACUUCAGCAACUCGCCUGAUUUGGCAGAUCAGGUGCUGAAGGUCUACAAAGCCGACCAGCAGAGCCGCUACAUUAUGAUCAGCAGAGACACCACGGCCAGGGAGGUGGUGGUCCAGGCCAUCCGCGAGUUCGCCCUGACGGCGACGCCGGAGGCCUAUUCGCUGUGCGAGGUGUCCGUCACCCCCGAGGGCGUCAUCAAGCAGCGGCGGCUGCCCGAGCAGCUCUCCAAGCUGGCAGAUAAGAUCCAGCUGAGCGGAAGGUACUACUUGAAGAACAACAUGGAGACGGAGACGCUGUGUUCAGACGAAGACGCACAGGACCUCCUGAGGGAGAGCCAGAUCUCCCUGCUGCAGCUCAGCACGGUGGAGGUGGCCACACAGCUCUCGGUGAGGAACUUCGAGCUCUUCUGCAAGAUCGAACCCACUGAGUACGUCGACGACCUCUUCAAGCUCAAGUCUAAGACGGGCUCGGAAAAUCUGAAGAAGUUCGAGGAGGUGGUCAACCAGGAGACCUUCUGGGUGGCUUCGGAGAUUGUGCGCGAGCCCAACCAGCUGAAGAGGAUGAAGAUCAUCAAGCACUUUAUCAAGAUUGCCCUGCACUGCCGCGAGUGCAAGAACUUCAACUCCAUGUUCUCCAUCAUCAGCGGGCUGAAUCUGGCUCCAGUGUCCAGGCUACGAGGGACAUGGGAAAAACUUCCCAGCAAGUAUGAGAAACUCUUUCAAGAUCUCCAGGACCUCUUUGACCCUUCUAGGAACAUGGCCAAGUACCGCAAUGUCCUGAACAAUCAGAACCUCCACCCUCCUAUAAUCCCCCUCUUCCCUGUCAUCAAGAAGGACCUGACGUUUUUGCACGAAGGCAAUGACUCCAAGGUUGACGGUCUGGUGAACUUUGAGAAGCUCAGGAUGAUAGCCAAAGAGGUCCGCCAUGUUGGGCGCAUGGCUUCUAUAAACAUGGACCCUGCGCUGAUGUUCAGGACCAGGAAGAAGAAGUGGAGGAGUCUUGGGUCUCUGAGUCAGGGCAGCGCCAGCGCGGCCGUCCUGGACGUGGCACAGGCCAGUGGGCACAAAAAGCGAGUCCGCCGCAGCUCCUUCCUCAACGCCAAGAAGCUGUACGAGGACGCACAGAUGGCGAGGCGCGUCCGCCAGUACCUGUCCGACCUGACGCUGGACACCAGCGAGGACACCCUGCAGACCAUGUCCCUGCAGUGCGAGCCCUCCUCCAGCACCUUGCCCAAGGGUGCUGGUGACAAGCGGAAGCCCGACACAUCACCCGUGGUCCAGCGGACUGGCCUGCAGAGGGCGUCACAGCAGAAAGGAAACCUGCAAAUGGCGGCUGGGCUACACUACACUACUCACAAGAAGGUGCCGGCGAAGGACCUGCCGGCCUUUGGGGGGAGUUCCCCUCAGGCCUUAAAGAAGAUGCUGUCAGACGAAGCCGGUGAUCGACACAGGAAGCAGACGGAAGACAGCAUCUCCAGCGCAUCGUCCCAUCUGUCUUCACCUCCUCUUUCUCCACGCAGCUCUCCGCGCAAAGGCUAUUUUCGGACGGCGGACACCUUCUCCGACUCAGGCCACAGCGAGCGGUCGUCGCGCUCCAGCCUGCUCAGCAACUCAUCCUUCGACCUGAUCCAGGAUGAGCGCCGACAGCGGCACUCCAUCAGCGCCAUGGAGGCCGGCCCCGGGGGAGGCCGCAUGGAGCGCCGGGCCACCCUGGACCCCGACCAGUACAGCCUGGGCUCCUACUCCUCGGUGGGCGAGGCCCGUGGCCUGUACUCCUGCACCACGGCCCUGUCCUCCCCCAGCCUGGAGGAGCUGACCCAGGACCAGGACCGGGCCUCCCUGGAUGCCGCUGACAGUGGCCGCGGCAGCUGGACGUCCUGCUCCAGCGGCUCCCACGAUAACAUCCAGACCAUCCACCACUGGCGGGACUCGAUCUCCUCUGACCGGUCGAACUUCUCCGAGCACGGGGCCGGGCCAGGCCGGGCCACCCCCGAUCCUGGCCGGGCCCGCGGGAGCUGGGCAUCCUCGCCCGCCUACUGGGGGGAGGACUCGGAGGGGGACACGGGAACCAUCAAACGGCGGGGGGGGAAGGACGUGAACCCUGAGGUGGAGAUGGACAGCGUGCCGUCUGGAGGCGCAGAGGAACCGAAGCAGCACGGCCGGGCACUGCACGGCAGCACCGCCUCCGGGACGCCCCGGGGCCCUGUCGCUCGCAGAGACGGCCGCUUCCGGGAGCCGCCCCCGACGCCCCCCGGCUACACGGCCCUGACCAUCUCCGACUUCGGCAAGACCCCGCCCCACGUCGGCCGCAAACCCCCCGACUAUAACGUGGCGCUGCAGAGGUCGCGCAUGGUCGCUCAUACGAGUGACCCCCCGCAGCCACCGGCCCGGCCCAGCCCGCGGCCCCCCCGCCUCCCGGCCCAGGGGCCGCCGGCUGAGGAAGAGGGUGAGUCCUUGUCCCCAAAACUUGUUCCUCUGAGGAAGACAGGCGCUUAUACCCCUGAGAGUGCCAGGCCGUGAGUGAGAGGCGGGCCAGCCGGCGGCAGAUGAGCAGGUAUCUGCCGUCUGAGAAGGCCGCCAUCUGCUGGAUGUGUUUUUGCAGCAAAAAAGAACUCAACCCCCCCACUCCCCCUUUUGUGGUGCACAAGCGACAGGUGCUGAGUUCCUCCCCGCCUUAAAGCUGCCGGGGGCUCGCAGUGCCCUGCCGGUCCGUCACCGGGACUGGACAGACGCUCGGCACUCUGGGGACCCGUGAUGCUCGGGGAGAAAUGGCCGUGGCAGCAGCCUGCUCUGGGGGCAGCCCUCAGGAGCAGCAGGGCACCACCCCAGCCACUCCCUUCCUGUUUACACACAUCGUCAUGGCGACUGGCCUCCGGUGGCUCUGGGCUCCCUAGAAUGGCCACAUCCCUCAAGGAGGACAGUCUGAGGAUGGACUCGUGUGUGCUGUCGUGGUCGAAGAGGCCAUUUCCUAAAGUGUAUCCAUGGUUACAGUAUUUACCUUUUACCUAUGAGCCUUUUAGGGAAUCACAGUGUUUUUUUGUUUUUUUUUUUAACUGACUGUGCCCUCUGCUGGCCAAUCUGUAUCAGUACUGUUUUAGGUCAAGGUCGAUGAACACUAACGGCUUCUGAGGUGGACUUUGUGGUGUGUAUGAAGAAGGCUGGCUUUACACAGCCUGCUCCCAAAUGCUGCUCCAGCCCGUUUUAAUGACUGAUGAGCAAAUGUCGUUUUUUUUUUUCUUUUUUUUUUUUUUUGAGACUCCGGAAAACAAUGAAUCAUGAGACUGCAAAUCCUGUCGUCGAAAAAUACAAAGAUCUUCUCCUCCAUUUUUGUCAUUAGGUUACUGUCCUUCCUUUUGAGUUGAGCUGAUCAUAUUGAUCGGUAAGUGAGAAUUUAUAGAGGACUCGAGAGAUCGCAGUGUUUUUUCACUGUACUGUGCGACAUCCGUGUUUUAUUUAAAUUUUGUUUCGUAACCAGAUGAUGUUCUCGAUGUUUAUUUCCCUGUUGCAUAUUCGGUUGUUGAUGCUGCAUUUGUAAUUUAAUGGUAACGAGCAUUAAUCACUCCCGUCGUAGUCCCUGGAGAUAGUGUAUACACUGUCAGGCAGAACACUAGUAAUUAAACACGCCACACAGAAAUGUAUAUGGUUAUAGUUAAUAGAACUGCUGUUCAGUUCACUGUAUGAUGUUCGAUUUAAAAUGUACAUUAAAAUAUGUGAUUUUCUCAAGCUUUUGAUACUAUUUGGUCCUGUAUGUCUUUUAGAAAGACAAUUGGUGGAGUCUGUAUCCUUUUUGUAUUUUUAAUACAACAGUUGUAAAUAUUGGUUAUAUUUUUGUUGAACCUGUAGAAAUGUUCUGUUUAUGCCUCAACACCCAGUUUUAUAUAAAAACUGGGAAUCAAUAAAUAUAAGUCAGCCUGCCUGGA